GAUGAGGCACAGUCUGCUCUGCAUGCUGGGAUAUUUCUGUAUCAAAGCAACUCUGACAGCAGACAGAACAACGACACUAGCAGAGGUUUCUCACAGGGUCUCAGUGAUUCUCCAUCCCAGCUGGCCUCAGAUCUACAGAGAAGAGACAGUCAUUUUGAGAUGUCAGAUCCAGGAAGCUGGAGGAACUGAGUGGACGUAUGAAUGGAAAACAACCAAUAGAAAGUCUCUAAUACCCUGUGAAUACAUGAACUUCUCAGCUACUGAGGCUCACAGUGGAGAAUACAGCUGUAGAGGAAGAAGAGAAGGGUUUACACCAUGGAGUGAAGUUAUUAAACUGACUGUAUCGUCUCCCCCUCAGCCUGUCCUCUCUGUGUCUCCAUCAUGGCUGAAUCCUGGAGCCUCAGUGACUCUGAGCUGUGAGGUUCAACCUCAGGAUGCAGGAUGGAGGUUCUACUGGUAUAAAGCUGUUCCUGAUCCAUUCAGCCGCUACACCUAUGAGCUGCUUCCUGGCAGCACCAAUGGUACCGAGCAGAAUUCCUUCAUCAUUAAUGGACCGACUCGCACAGCAGGAUUUGGGUGCAGAGCAGGAAGAGGAGAACCAAAGUUUUACACUUAUUACAGUGAACCAAAGUUUAUCUGGUCUGCAGAUCCUGGUCCAGCAGCUUCUCUCUCAGUGAAUCCUGACAGAGUUCAACACUUCAGGUCUGAAUCUGUGACUCUGAGCUGUGAGGGAAACUCUGCUGAGUGGAGAGUGAUGAAGUUUACAGAAACAGAACUGUCAGACUGCUCCAAGUGGGGCAGGAUCAGUGGAUCUAAGUGUGUCAUCGUCAUAGACCAGAAUCAUACUGGAGUUUACUGGUGUGAGUCUGGGACAGGAGAGUUCAGCAACACAGUGAACAUCACUGCACGGACUGUGUCCGGUCCCGUCAGCUCUUUACGUCUAGUGCUGCUGAUCAUUGGACCAAUUAGUGGAAUCCUUCUCAUAAUUCUCCUGCUCUCGUUGUGGCGCUGCACCAGAUUGUUUCUGACAGAGAGGCGCAGUCAGAGCUCCACCACCAGCCAUGCAGCACAUCAGUCUGGAAGUCAGGUUUACAGCGCUCUGCUGCAGGGUUGGUCACAGAAUUAA